AUGCAUCGCUUUUUUGCAGAGCUGGAGCCAUUUAUUACAGUCACUGAGCAAAACCUGGCAGACCAAGUUCGGUACAUCUUGCGCUCCAACAUAUUUGAUGAUGCCGAACUCGAACGACUACGACGUGAGAUUGUUCCCUCGUCGGAUGAAAAUGAUACGCCUGAGAAUACGGCGCCACUAAUUGCACAGCAUCCUGUAUACGUGGAUACCACCGUGGAUAUUCCAGUUAUGGUUGAUUCAGACGAUAAUGAAGAGAGAAUGGGAGAAAAUGAGGAGCAUAUUGGAAAAAGCGAUUUUGGAAACAUGCAGUACGCCUCUCGAAAAUCGACCGUGACUUCCUCGCAUAUCCCUAAGCAAGCGGAAUCAGGUUGA